AUGGAUAUGGUCUCCGCUAGCAGGGUAUGCUGAUGAUUGCGCUUCUUGGAAUCCUCAUUCAGUUUCAAGCUCUGUUGACCGUCUGAAAGUUUUCAUUUUGAAUAUUCUUGUUUCAAAGGGCUUGUUGUUUGAUGCCUUGAUUUUUCUUCGCUUUUUUUAGUAAAGUGCUAUUGUGAAUCAGAAUAUACACCCAUACACGAGUGGGUACAUGAUAGUACAUUCAUUUGUUGGGCGCUAUGUUUUAUUUUGAUCAUUUUAGGGUUGGCUAUUUUGUAGCUCUCGAAAGGUCCUAAGGAUUAGUGAAGUCUUUGAUUGACUGCCUAGUGGGGACUCUGAAUCUCCAGUUUGGGACUUUUGAAUCUCGAGUUUGAUAAAGCAUUUCGUCAAAGGUUAUCAUCAACAUCAGAAGAUAUGCCAAAAUCCUAUCCAGCCAGCUAGGAAUAAAACUAUUUUUUUUUUGUGAUUUAUUUCACGCUCAUGGAAGAACACUCGAAGGUUUCCGUGCGCCAUGAAAAAAGUCCGGAAGAAGAGAGAGAAAAAAGUAAAUUGAUGGACGUGGGUAUGUAAUAUUUAUCUAGGAAAACAGUGCCCAAAAAGUAAACAAAAUGCAGAAUUUCUGAACGGCUGCAAAAUAUUUGAUAUGUUAUAUAUCAAAGACCCUAAGUCUAUUGUUUAUUUGCUUGCCAUAGUUUGGCUCCUCAGGUUUUCUGCUUCACUUUUACUUUGUUUUGAGAUAUAUACACCUAUCAUGUGUUUUAAAAUCUUCUUUAUGUUCGUACUUCUUAUUUUUUCUUUUAUCUUUUGUUUCUUUUGUGGUACAUGUUCGGUGUCUACAUCUUUUUCUCUUACGUCCACAUGCCCUAUUGUUAAUUUUUCUUUUGUAAGCAUUUAAUUAAGAUUAUAGAUCAUUCUGUGUUUUAUUUUUAAGGAAAAUGACCACACAUUUAUUUCGAAUUUUAUAACGUUAUGAUAAAUUUAUUUCAGUCUUUGCUUAUGAGGCCAUGCUGUCAUGAGAUUUUUUCUGAAAAAUGAGCUGCACAUCAGAUGCUGUGCAUUUUACUUUCUAGUACAGUUAUUGAAGACUACGUUUCUGUGAAUUACCUUCUGUGUAGAAUACUUGCCAGGCGAUAGAUCAUCUCAUUGAGAGGUUGAAAUUAGGUUAUCAGCAUACGAUUAAGUUUAUGUUUUGUCUAAUGACCUUUUUUUCUUUAUGAAAAGUCUUUAUUAAAUUUUUUGUGGACUGGUAUUUUGUGUUUUCAGUAGAGGUAUUAAUAUGUUUGGCAUAUAGCAGAGCAAAGUGUCUAACUUUCGGAUAAAAGAGCUCAAGGAUGUUCUGAGUCAACUAGGUCUUGCCAGGCAAGGGAAAAAGCAGGUUCUUAUUUUGAGACUCUCAUCAUCUUGUGCAUAGUUCAUCUUUAAAGCAUUUACAAUCGAAUAUUUUUUUUCAUUUGUUCUUAGAUUUUCUAUCAGCGCGUAAUAUCCUCUUUUGGUUGGAGUAUUUUGUUAAGUUGGAAGCGUUUAGGAUGACCUUGGUGCUUUGAUGUUUCAAAAUGUUUUCUGGAAUGCUGUACACCAUCAAAUACUGUAGCUACGCCAAAAAUGAACCUCCUGAAUUUCGAGAAAAAUUAUGUGUCAUCGUAACAUUAAGACUCUAGGUGGGAAUAUGGAUGAUUUUGCAUUAUUUUAAAUUUAUUUGGUUUCUAAUGACUCUUUUGAAAUCUUAAAGUCUUUCACCUGAGACUUUUUUAUAUUAUAGAUCCUCUCUAUCAUCACUGAAUGACUUGUAUCAGAAUUUGUUCGUAUUCUGAGUGUUAGCUUCUGUGUAUGAGAUCCAAGUUAUCUCUGAUAUGCCAGAAUCCAUACUGGAUUUGGAAGCUUGGUGGUAACACAACCAAUUCAUAUCAGAUCUUCUAAAUUUAGAAACAAAAAGAAAAUGAAGUUGUUGAGAGUAAUGAAGUGGAAGGUCUAAUCAAGUAUACUUUUAUUUUAAUUUUUUAUUAGUAAUUGUCUUAGCUUUACUAAUAUUUUUUGUUGAGAAUCCUUUUAAUCAUUUUUUUAUAAAAUUGAGUAUACAUUACAGUUUAAUUUUACACAAUGAUAAUUGCGGUCGAAUUCUGGUUUUUAUAUUUCAAAAUGUAGCUUCUUUGCCGUUUACAGUAAAUAUACUCUUUAAUUGUAACUUUCACCUAUUAUCUUAAUUUCAUUCAAAAAGGUUAAUUCUUGUAAAGUUUGUGUAUUUAUCUGUUUGAUUGCUAUUGUUGUAGUGUUGCUGAGCAAGAUUAUCACCUGGUACACUUUCCCUUGUUGGCUUGGCACCCGAGGGAAAUUUCUGGGAUUAUCAGUGACUUUUAUGUCCAAAAAGCUCCUCAUGACCUCAUAUUUAAUGGGCCAAUUAUUGCUUGAGCUAAUACUUCUUUAAUAUAGAUAUAGCGUACUCAAUGCAUCCUAUUUACAUAAAAAUUCCAUGUGUGUUUGUUUCUCUUUUCUCUCUCUCUACUCCGGUCUUAUCUCUUCUUCACUGUAUCUCGUGGCUCAUUAGAAGGCUUCUCUCCGUAUAGCUGAUUCAUCUCUAGGUUUUAAUUUAAUUUUCUAAAUGAGCUCUGUCAUUUAUUUUGUUUUUCUUGCAUCUCUCAGUAGGCAGUCAUUCUCGAUUCUUUUUAUUUUGAAUAAUUGCUGCUGUAUUUUGCAGGAUCUGGUGGAUAGAAUUUUAAACUUGCUGGGGGAUGAACACGGUAUUGUUUUCCUUGCUAACUUGAGACAGAAUAGUUGAAAUUAAUUUUAAUUUUAUAUCAAUAGUUGAUAAGCUUUUUGAUCCUGAACCAAAGCCAAUUUUUUGUCUACGUUACUUUCUUUUUUCGUUCAUGAACAUCACUUUAAUGGGAAGGGGGUAUAAAAUCAGAAUAAUAUUUUUUCGUUCAUCAACACGGAACUAGGAUUGGCCUCAAAUUUACUGUGAAAAUCUGUGAAAUUAAGUUCCACUUAUUGUUCAUAUGGAAUUUUAGAUUUAUACGCUUAGAUGACAUUAGUGCUCAUGACACUAAUGCCAAGAAGACUCCAACCUAAUAAAUAUGGAGGCAGGACUUUAGUGCAAAGAUUGUACUUACCGUAAGGACUGGCAGUCAAGAAUUAAAGUGAGAGGUUUUGACCUUAAUCCACUGAAGGCUGUGGCCUUCAUGAUGUGGAGCCAAGACCUUAGUACUAUGAAGACUCUAACCUUAAAAAUGUGUGGGUGUGGCUUAAAUGUGAAGAAGGCUCCAACCUUAAUAAUGCAGAGUUUAUCAGAACACCUCAUGAACAUGACUGUUGCAUGAAGAAGGCUCGAAUAAUAUCUUUAUAAGGUUUUGGCUUUCACAUGGAAGUUUUAUGCUUAAUAUUGUGGUGCCAACAUUUUAAUAUGAAGAAGUCUCACAACUUAAAAGGCUCAGGUGGCGCUGCAGACAGAGGUGGAAGUGAGGAUAAAUCAUGAGCCCUAGAUCAUAAUGCUAAUAGGACUCUGAUAUCAAAUGGCUUGUGGCCAAAUUUUCCUAUAAAGAAGUUUUUGGCAUUAAGAAUGGGAGGAUCGCCUCAGUAUUCAUGUAAAGAAGCUAUGUGCUUAACACAGGUUUAGAGCCUUAGCCUGAAGAAGAUUUCAACCUUCAUGCAAAGGAACUUCUUACUAACUACUUUAAUGGCAGAUGAUUGGGCAUCGAUACAAAGAAUCCUCUUGUCUUAAUGACCUGAGAUCAGGUUGUUGACGUGAAGGUGAAGGACGGUACAUACUUCACACAGAAGUUUUCAAGGAGGUGGCUGUUGUCGACAGCACCCAGUUACCUUCCUGAUUUUUAACGUUGAUUUUUGCAUGGAGUUAGGAUACAAGGAAUCUGUCCAUGGUAAUAAUGUAUUCAGAGCCGAGUUCAUUGAGAAAUGUAAAAUGCAUCCACCUCCUGACAAUUUCGUUGAUGGGCAGAAAGACUGGAAGGAUGAAUUUCAAAGUAUCUUGAGUUUUGUAUACGAGUAUGAGUGAAAAAUAGUAGUAAAAAUGGAGAAUCUGUCCAAAACCCACACUCUACACUUUUUAAAGCUGGAUGCGCUAGAUUCCACAUGUCUAUUUCUCACCUCUGGUUGCUGAAGUCAUUAUGGUAUAUUCUCGUGCAAAAUCAUCAUCUUUCCAAUUUGCAUGUUGGCUGUAGGCUUUCUGAUGCUUAUAGUCCAUUCCAUCUUGGUUUCUAAUGGCACUUAUGUUUUAGAAAGUGAGUCAGGGGACAGAUCUAAAAACUAUUCACUGCCAUAAAAAGAUACAUGAAGCCAUCGAGACAUUUAUGGAGAAAUGUAGAAUUUAAUCACAGUUGGCUAUAUACAUUUAGUAUAUAUUCUCCAGUCGGCCACAUUUAGUAUAGAAACAUAUUAAAUUAGCUCAAGUCAUCUUCUAUUUGUUCAAAUUGGGCAAAAUCUGGUGAUUUCUUUGGAACUAGGCUCAACUCUGUAGUCCUCUUCUGUUGGAACUGUUCUGGAAGAUUGAAGUGUAUGGCAAGAACUUGUUUUCUGCGUUAUUUAAAAAUUUUAUUUAAUAAGACUAUUUUUUUCGAAAUGCUCUAUAGAUAUGUCAGUAGUAUCUGUUUCCUUGUCUCUGUAAUUGUCUGAUAUAUUGUGAUGCCGUGCUUAUCCUUUGAAUGUGGUUAUGGCAAUUUCGUACUCAUUUCCAAUGAAGGAAACAUAGGGACUUGUUAAUUCCUUCCAAGUGCUUAUCCUUCCACCCCGUUGUGACUGAUAAAUACUAGGCUAUGGCCUCACAAGUGGGUGGUUGGAUGUUGGAUGUCUAGUUGAAAGUAGAUGAGAAAUUUUGGUUUUGACUGGGAAUUCGAAACUCCGAAUCCUACUCAUAAUUAUGUAAGAAGCUCUAAUGCUCACAACUUAUGUCCGAAAUGUUUCCUCAGUCUUGGUCUUCGCUACUCUAAUAUUUUACUUAUGUAUUUAUGUAUAAUAUUAAGAUAUGUUUGUUUUAUGCAAUGAUCUAUCGAUUUUCAGAAAAUAGUUAUUUUCACUUUGUUCUUAUUUCAUUGUCUUGUUCCAUUUUUUUUGUUUUAUGUAGAGCCCAGAUUACAUGACUUGGUGAACGAGAAUUCUAUUUUGAAGGAAAGAGUUGCAAAAGUAAUUGACGACACAUUCAGGUAAAUAUCACAUUUAUCUGAAACCUCUUUAGCUGAGAGCAUGUGCGUACAUUUUUAUGUGCACGAUUUAAAUUUAUGCAAAUGAAAUAUUGAUGUACUCAUAAUUUAUAUGUUGGUGUUUCACAUACACAUUUUCAAACCACAGGCUUUGGACAGAAUCAAUUAGUAAUCUUAUAGUUCUUUUUUGGGAGGCAAAUAUUACCAAAAGUUUGUCCUGAUGAGUUUUUGGUGUUAGGCAAGGCCUUGUUUCUAUUUUUUUGGAUUAUAUAUUAGACAUAUAAUGAAUUAAUUGCCUUUUUUGGAUUUUAUUUAAGUCUUUUAUUGCAGCCAAGAGGUGUAUUUGCCUUUUAAAUUGCUAGCAUGCAUUUCUUGGUCACCAAAAGAAGAAAAACUUUCCCUUUCUUUUCUGUUUAUAUCAUUUAUGCUUGUACAUUUCAUGCAGAAAAAUGCAAGUGCAGGGGGCAACUGAUUUAGCGUCAAACCAUUGUAAUGGUCCUACUCUAGAUUAUGUGAGCCUGAAAGAAGAAGAUUCUUACAAAUUAGAUGUGAAGAUACGGUGCCCCUGUGGUAAUCCGUUGGGUUCAAAAUCAACGAUUAAGGUACCGUAUUCACAAUUAUUUCUUUGGCUGUUUAGAAGCUUUAAGUGCUUUAGAUUAAGAAUUCACAAUUAUGGUAUUAGCCCAGAAAAAUCUCUUCUUGUAGCUGAACAAUUUGUAGAACUGAGAGUCCUGUAAUAUUCUGUUCUGCGUACCUUAGGCAUUAAAUUCCAACUUUAAAAUAUCUAAUUUUUCACAGGGUCGAGUUGUACGAAGUUUCUUAAAGAAAGUGUCAUAGAUUCAAUCCUCUGAAGAACUUUAUCUUAAUAUUGAUCGUUUAAAGUUAACAUUUGUUUUCUAGUUGUGCCUGCUUAUACCCCUGAGUAUUUUAUCUGGUAAUCUCUCGCAAGAAAGAAUGAUGCCUACAUCAUUCAAAUGAUUCCUGCAUUUAGGAGUCAGAGAACAUAUGCUGGUGUUGGGAAGUUGGGAAUCGAGUUAUUGGGACUUAUUUGUAGCAUCAGCUCAUUGUUCUUGUUUUUGAACUAAGUCUGCCCCAACAUAUUUUGCGCGUUGCUGUUCAAUGUGUGCUCAGAUAACAAGUUUUGCCUGUUUCUCCUUGUUUUUUUCCUUUUAAUCUGUAUUGUUGAUGAAUGCUUUUCGCUACUACAUUUUACUUGACAUCAACAUUAUUCUGAUUACUUCUCGGAGAUUAUUUUUUAUUUUUUUCAUUGGGUUCGAAAGUAUUUUUUGAUUUUUCAUGGUUAUAUCAUUUACUGGUUAUUGUUGUAACUUUGUAUGCAGUGUGAAGAUCCACAGUGCCGCACUGUACAACACAAAGGCUGUGUUAUCAUAUGUGAGAAACCUUCGGAUGGUGUUCAGCCAGAGAUUCCCCCAAAAUUUUAUUGUGAAAUUUGUCGGAUAAAUAGAGCUGAUCCGUACGUGACAUGUACUCCUAUUUUUGCUAGUAUUAUCUGUUCUAUUCAAAUUUGGCGAAUAUGUGCUUCGAUUCUUUAGCAUGAUUCCCACGCGAAAUAGUUAUUAAGGUUUGCUUGUUGUAUGGUUGUUGUCGCCAAAAAAGUUUAUGGAUUAUAAAGGUCCCGUUGUUCCAGAUUCAUUUAGACUUCAGGGGCGCAUUUGAUGGGCUCACCUAUAGUUAUGGCUUGUACAUGUUUAAAAAUUGUUGCCUCCCGGUCAGGGAUGCCGAGAAACCAGUAAAUGUCAGGAUAUGCAUAAGGUCCAUGGUUUCGUAUGGGAGAACUGUCCAAUUAUUAUCUCUUUGAUUGAGUUCUCCAAAUAUGUUCAUACCAAUUAGCUGGAGCUCAAUGAACUCUCAAUCUGGAUUGCUGCAAUGAUUAGGAAGAAGAUGAGGCAUGUUUUAGAUAUGGUACAAUGGUUCAUUCGAUUUCCCUUCCUUUUGAAUAUCUAAAUGAUCAUCUUAUCCAGUCAUGUCAACUUAUUUAUUGAUUGAAUUAGCAUGAUAUAGCCCAAUUUGGAGAGAGGGAGUUCGAAUUUGGAAAUGUGGCAUUUGGCAGAGGUUGGAUAACCCAAAAAAAGGGCAAGACAGGUUCAGAGAAAACAAUAUCUAUCCCACACACUGUCCUUGCCUGUGCCAGAAAGGGAUCGGGGCGGCCUUGUGAAAUGGUAGUAUGCCCCAUCUGAAUCGUCAUUGUAUUCCUUUCUAUUUUAUUUUAAAUACGUUUAUACACCAUAUAUAUAGGUGUUUAUCUUCUAUUCUCCGAGUCACCGCUUUGCCUCUGCCCGGAUCACCUUGCUUGGGUUGGACCAGGACAAUUCCGUGGGUUCGGAUCAUCUUGGCUAUACAGACUAUAAUCAUGUUGUGCACCGUAGAUGAAGAGGCUACAACGAUGGGAAAUGUUUAGGGAAAAGUACUCAAUCAUGUAGGUAAUGUCGGGUGCCUGUUGCUGCCUUGAAUGACCUGGCUGGUGAUCCAUCAAGCCAAAAAUUAACACUGCUGUUAAACUGUGCACUUUGAAGGGAUGUCCUUAGCCAUUGGAAGCCACUUCCAAGACUAUUCCUCCGGUUGGACUUCAUCAACGAAUGAUAAACACUAUAUGCUAUGCUACCUUUCUUCUUCUUGAUUCAUGCCGCUAAAUGUGGAACACAUAACUUGUGGUCAUAGGCGUGGCAACGCAAUUAGUCAUUUAUUGUUAUAUCGUCCUUCAUUUAUUGUUACCCUUUUUCCGCAUUGUCAUGCUCACUCAAGUUUCUCCUUUUUAUGCUGCUUCUCAAUCCUGUGUAAUCAUACCAAUGCAGAGUUUUGUGACCAAUAAACAUGUCUGUUUCACUGAGUCGAGUUUAAGACAUUGACUGUCAAUGUGAUAGCUGUCUUGGUUAUGAUCCUCAAAGUAUCAUUUUGUUUCUUGUGUAAUCCCAUGAGAGAACUUUGCCCUUUUUCUCUACCACCACUGAGUCUCUCUCUUUGUUGUUUUAUCACGCUAGAUUUUCCUGUGACCUCUUCAGCCACCUGAAUUUUUUUUUGCUGCCCCUGACAUCUUAGUGUUUGUGGUUGCAUGCCCCAGUUAUCUUUCUAAAAGUUUCAAUUUGAUAUAUUUUAUUUUAUCUUGCACCCCACCUGAAGUCGGACCAUUUUUAGAGAACUCUGAUUUCUUGACCUUAUUGAACACAUUUUGCAAAUCUUCUCAAUUGAUAAGCUGCCAAGUCCCCAGUCCUCCCAUUAUUUGCUUUUUGCACUGUUAGGUUAUGCAAUGAAAAAUCUGAUACAAUCAAGAAAGCGAGUAAGAUUAAGAAAAAUAGUGAGACAGUGAUCCAGGCUGUUUUUCCGAUUCCAAUGCAUCCCUGAAAAGCUUAUAAAAACCCUUUUUUUCUAAUUUUCGAUCUAAACUCUCCUUAUAACAAUAUUUUAUGGUGACUGUCCGUUGACAACGACAGAUGCCAAUUCUUUGUUGUAUUUUUUGUAUUCGAUUGUUUAACUUUUUGGAAGAUUGUUUUUUUGGAGGUAUUUCUCCUGGUGUUAUAUUCAUUGUUCAUAAAGGAAAUUUACCUUUGAGAAAAAUCAUACUCUGAGUUUUGUUUGGUCUAAUUGAUGUCUUUGAUUGGGUAAUACUUAUCAUAGUGAUAUUAUUUCCCAUAUUGAAGGUUUUGGGUGACUAUGUCACAUCCGCUGCUUCCAGUCAAGAUAACUUCUCCAAAACCUACAACAGAUGGGUACGUCUUGAAUUUGGUCGUUAAUAUUACAAUGUGCAGAUGGAUACGUCUACUUUUUCUAUUUAUCUCUGUAUUUUAAAAUAUAUGUUCAAUUCUGUGGCUAAGUGGGAUAUUUUUUUGGUCUUGUUUCGUGGGUAAGCCACUGCUUACAGUCAUUAUUUAUGGUUACAGCUGCCCUAGUUAGUUAUUUUUUUCGUACGUGAUGAAAACCUUUUCUGUUUCAUGAUUAUCUCCUUCCCUUUUUAAGAAUGUUUCAGUACAAAUACAUCACAGACUGUGGAGAAAACGUUCUACCUGACAAGGGCGGCCAGAGACUUGCUACAGAAAACCGAAUAUGAUCUUCAGGUUCUCUACCAUCCUCAGUUAUUAGGGACACUGAUGAUUUUAAUCAAUAAUUUUUUUAUCUUUAAAUAUCCUAUAUCUAUUCUUUGAGAUUCAAAGUUCUCUUUUGCUUGUUAUGAAUUCCAAAAUAAGUUCCAUUUCUUUUAUUAAUUUCUUACAAGGUCAAAAUGUCAAUUUCUUUGCAUCUUGGAUGGUGAGAAGUAAAGAACCAAGCUAGUCUAACUUGUCUUUAAGAUUUUUUCUCAUAUUAGUCUUAUAAAUGUUAGCUCGGGGGUGGUAACAACCGUAGAAUGAAUAUGAUUUCUGAUUUAGGUGGCCUCCCGUUUAUGUUGAAAUUGAGAUUAUUUUUCCUCAACGUGGUGCUGUCUACGACUUCUAGUUUCAUAUUUUAUAUCAUCAUCCCUAAGAAUGUUUGUUAGGAUUUUUACUCAUUAUUACAGGUCUCUGGCAAUUGGAUUCCUUCUUGUGGAUUUUUUGUCAGUCUUUAAGGACGGUUAUAUCUUUCGUUUGGUCUAAAUAUUAAAGUAUUUUGGUUUGUUAUCAUGCAGGUCUGGUGUAUCCUUCUUAAUGAUAAAGUUCCUUUUAGGAUACAGUGGCCACAGUCUUCAAAUCUAUCAAUCAAUGGUACGGAAGAUACGACCUCUGUUGCUGGCCUUAGACUUUUGGGAUGAUGUUUAGUUUUAAUAUUUGGCGUGUUCUCAUCCGUUAAGAGGAAAUAAUUUUUUUCUUAGCUACUUACUGAUGCCAAGCAAUAAAUUGUUAUCAACUUCUGUUCAAAUAAAUAAUCCAACAGAAGUAAGUGCAUUCUCAGCAAAUGAGUUGUUUGUUGUUCUCCUUGCUCUUGGAAUUGAAAUGGGACGUCUGAUUCUUCCUGGACAAUGGUAUUACCAUUCUAUCUCUUCUCACUAGCUCACCAUCAUUGCCAGGCCUUUCUAGCUAGCACGUUUUCUGUCAUCUCCUAAUAGAAUGGAACAUGAAUUUCAAGAUGUAACUUGUGGUCUCAAUGUCGCCUCUGUGAAUAGUCUAAGGCUCUGAUGUCUCGAGAGUUUUCACUUUUUUUGGCUUUUGUACCAUUGAUUGUAAAUAUUAUUCUUUCCCAUCUCUUCAGUCUUCAUUAUUCUGCAGGUAAUCAUGUACGAACAACAAAUAGACAUGACUCUCAGUUGUUUGGCAUCAAUGGUCGUGAUGAUGUUUCAUUGGUGAGCUACUGAUCUACAGUGAAAAAUUUAUCUUUAAUCAUUGUAUGAUUGAAUUUUUUUUUUGAUGAAUUCAUUGGAGGUUUGAUGUUUUCUGCUAAACACUAUUCUCACGUUGCUUUUUCGUAACCUUAGUUUCUUCAAAUUUAGCCUUGCCUUUUCCGUUUCUGAUUUGAUCCAAGGGGGUUUCAGUCUUCUUUUCCCUUUUUUCUUGUUCUGUUCCCUUGGGAUUGGGGGAAAGUAUUAUCAUUUUUUUCAUCUUCCUCACGUUGCAUUUUCAUUUUCAGAUCAAAACACACUGCAAAGAAGGAAGUAACAAGGUUACUUUUGCAAGAUGUGAUGCCCGAACAUUCUGCUUUGGUGUAAGAAUCGCAAGACGCUUGACUAUUGAGCAGGUAGUGGUGAUUCUUUCAUUAAAACAAAUGCAAAUCUUCCAAAUACGUUGUAGUUAUUAAUUUUGUACUGAAAUAGGUGGUUUUACUUUUUUUUAUUUUAAUAUUUGUAUGGAAACUGAAGAUCUGAUUGAUUAUUAUGAUCUCCAUAUUUCAUCGGUAUCGUAAUUCUGUUGCCUAAAUUCAAUAUUAUCCAUCUACUUUCAACAUUUUUUUCGGAAAAUGUUUCCAACAAUUUUUUGUUGCCCUUUUUUCCCCAUAGAAUAUUUGAUAUAACUUUGUAUUCUUUUACCCCUUUGUGUUCCCUCUCCUUAAACCUAUCUAUACCUCAUUUCGUGGUUUCAUUUCCUGAACAGGUUUUAAAAUUGGUGCCAGAAGAAACGGAAGGGGAGCAUUUUGAGGUUGCCCUUGCCCGUGUUUCUCGGUGCCUUGGUGGUGGAGCAGCUGCAGAGAAUUCAGACAGUGAUAGUGACUUGGAAGUUAUUUCUGAUUCUGUUACCGUCAAUCUCCUUUGUCCCGUAAGUAGCUGUAGAUGAACAUGCUUGGCUUUGAUGAAUCUCUCUGUAUCAUUUACCUCCAAAAAACAGAUAUCUGCCUAGGCCUGUCAAUGAAGUUCUCUUUUGUUGUGUUGGUAAAACUCGUAUGUUUGACUUGAUUAUUCAAGUCAAUCAACGAUUCCAUAUCAUAGUCCCACAUUCUCCAUUCCCUCAAAGCCCACCCAUCUAAUUUCUAUGAAUGACACUAUAUGGACUGUAAAGACUCUUUGGACGUCAUCCUACAACUUUGCAGUAUCAUUGAUCGCCCCCUUUCAUUUCCUUACUAUUGUUGACAUUUGCUUCUUAGUUUGUGUUUAGGUCUCCUGCACUAGCAGUCACUAAUGUGACCUCAUGUUUUUUUUUUAAUUUUCACAAGCAACCCCUCAACUUCGACCUUCGCAUGCAAAGCCAUUUUUGACUCCGGUCUGUCUCUUGCCAAGGUUCCAAAUCCAUAGAUAUGGAGAAUGAUUAGAACCCAAAGAAGGGUAGUUUGGUUGACCGGCCUGAUCUUGGGCUACAGUAGUUCCUAGAGUUAAGCCUCCCCUGGAGCCACCUGAUUAUGAGCUGUCUUUGUCGGGCAAUUUUUAAAAUCAUGAAAAUCCUUCACUAAAAAAUACCUUUAAGUAACGCUUUAUUUUAUUAAAAUAUGAAUUAAUGUGGUACCAUUACUCUAUGAAUCAUCAUUUUAAGAAUUAAUUUCCUUGAUCAGAGGCCUAUUUCCGUUGAACGGAUGAUCAAAUCUGUGGACCUGAUAUCUUUCCUCUUUUCUUCGUUCCUUGACAAAUAAUCUCCUUUUUGAGCACCCCCAGUGAGUACGUCCAGUAUAGGGUCCUUAUUGGGAUAGCACCAACUAAAUGUUAUUCAGUCUACCAAUUUCAUGAAGCAAACAUCCAAAUGAAUUUUAUUUUAUUUUCCCUGAAAUAGGUAGCAUGCAUGCAUGCAUGUGCUUGUAAGUAUUUGAGUGGGCACAGAUCAGAAAGUCAAUUUUAGCGCAAAUUCUUGUUUUCUUCCCAUGCAGAUGAGUGGCUCUAUGAUGAAAAUUGCUGCCAGGUUCAAGCCCUGUGUUCAUAUCGGCUGUUUUGAUCUCGAAACCUUUGUAGAACUUAGUCAGAGAUCAAGAAAGGUACGUUGUCAUAAUCACAUAAAUCUGUGGUUAUUUUUUCUUACUUUCUGAUACUAAUACAUGCUAUAUUGCCCUAUCUUUGAUGCAGUGGCAGUGCCCGAUUUGCCUCAAGAACUGUUCUGUAGAAAAUCUGAUCAUUGAUCCGUAUUUUAACCGCAUCAUCCGUCUGGUAAUGCAUGUUUUUCUCUUUAAUUUUCUCGAUUUAGUUCUUGUCUCCUGUGAGUCGAGUCAAGGGUAAUUCGGCCUCUAUAUGCAGUUGCAGAGCUGUGGCAGAGACGUGAGUGAGGUGGAUGUGAAGCCCGAUGGUUCGUGGCGGGUGAAGAAUGCUGCUGAAAGUGACCUCAGAGUGUGGCACUCGCCUGACGGUACUGCUCAGGCUCUUCCAAAUCUCGAGGCAGGAUUGGACUGGGAUCCCUUGGGGACCAAAGAAGAAGAGGACCUUGGUGGGCAUGAGGAGCUAAAACUAGGCACCAAGAGACCCCGGAGUUGGAUUCAAAAGGUCAACCCCCAGCUUGAAGAUCUGAUGGGGACUCCUCUCUUUUAUGGAAAUCUCCCAAAGUUUGAAAACCCUGGCGAUAUGAUCAUGCCCUUUGACUUUUCUGAAGACGGUCAGAGGCCUCCUGCACAUCCUGAAGUCAUUGUUCUCAGUGACUCAGACGAUGAUGAUAUUCCCUCUGUGCCCCUGGAUACUGGGUAUGGCUCUUUGGAUCCUUUCAUGGCUACCGACCCAGUUGACCCAGAUCUUGGGGUGGACCCAGUGCCGCCUCUUGACCACCUCAGCAAUGGGGUUGACUUUGAGAGGGUUUUCUGGCCCCUGCCAGUGUGUUCUCAGACAGGAACUGGCUUCCAGUUCUUCGACGCAGAUUCAGAGGCCAGCUUCCUGCCCAGUAGUAGCUACGGGUUGCCAAAAACUCAUUCUGCCACUAAAGCAAACCACAGCCUCCCGGCCUUUGUCGGUGAUGAUCCCUCCAUGCAGCUAUUCCUCGCCUCUCAGCCCAAUGAUCUUACCAGAGAUUCUCUCCCUCAGCAGAAUUUUUCUGAUGGCAACCAGCCCAAAAGCUGGAUCUCUCUCCGGCUUGGUGUCGAUGAUGGCCAUCCCGAUGGAUCAAGUCCAUUUGGGGCAAGAACAGGUUAUUUUAUUUAUUUAUUUAUUUUAAUAUGGCUUCCAUUUUUAGUAGGCUGGGUUAUGUUUAUAUGUGCUCAUUGGUUGCAGCUCCUCCGCCACCUGCUGCAACCAGCUGUGGAUCCGAAAGAGCACCCAUUCGAAGACCGAGGUCAACCAGGCCACGGUUUUACCUGUCUAUAGAUUCGGAUUCAGACUGA